AUGUUACGACGUUGUGUCAAUUCAUGUCAAAAACUCCGGCCCCAACAAUCGAUCUACCUCCUGUGUGAUGUGCCUCUCGCAUGGACCCGAGUCUCUGGCUCACUUUGCGAGUUUGCGCGCCGUCUCUGGUCGGCGCUCUCUUCAGCCCCACACUUCGACCUCGUUGCAUUCGUACGUCCGGUCGUCUUUCUCUCGGACCGCCGACUUGUCGAGCUGCGUAGUCUCUUCUUCCAUUUAGUCUGGAAGCUCUCUCGCCGCAACCGAUUCUCGUCGGAUCCUCUGAAACCGAUCACCGAAACGGCACUCGAGAGGCGCUUCGGGCGUCAAUUUCAGUAG